AUAUCCAUACCACCUUGCUGUCUAUUUACUCAAAAUCUUCAUAACUUGUUUAAAGCACAUUUAAAGUGGGUAUAAACAUCUACCGAGCAUGCGCAAAAUUAAUUAAGCUCAACUGGAGUCUUAAGAUCGAGAAUCCCGCACCGCAGCAUAUACACAGCACAGGGGAGAUGAUAGUGCGGUUGUACAGAGUUGAAGAUGUUGGCAGUGUAAAAUUUAUAAUCUAAAAGUGUUUAUCUUUCUCGUUUUACAGUAACCUUACAUUUUCUCGUCAAGGUCGUUCAAUAAACUCUUAAAACUUGAAGGCAUCAUAUGUGAUUUAAGUGUAGUUCGCUUAUUUUCGUUACUACGAGUUAGUAAAUAUGUGUAUUCGUUCAUAUUAGUGACAUUUGUUGAUAUUAUUUGAAAAUCUUCGACCAUACUUAGUUUUGAGCCAAAUGAAAGUUGGCAGGUUGAGGUUGGUUUGCUCCACUCCCCUGACUGAGUGUAAACAACAUUGCAAUGUUGCUGAUAGAAAAUAUUACAUGUACUGCCAUAUUUAGAUGACCCGCCACUUACAAUGGUCAGAAGACGUGAUAAAUUUGUGUUUUAUGUCAAACAAUAAAAUGCAAGAAUGGUAUCUUAUGAAAUCACAUUUCUACUUUAUUUAUGUGUGUGGAUUUUGGUAUUACAUUCAUCCACCGCCCUAUCAGACCAACAUGACUUCAAAUACAUUUCCUAUAGAGAUCUCCAAUCAUCUGUUACAACUUUUCAAGCAGAAGAUAACUCCUCAUUUUCACAAAUGUUGUUCGACGUAUCCAGAAAUCAAAUGUUUUUAGGAGCAAGGGAUGGGUUUUUCAGAUUGUCGUUAUCACAACUAAGUCUUUUGGAGUACGUAAAUUGGGAAUCGUCUGAGCAAAAGCGGCAUUCUUGUAUAGAGAAGGGACAGAGUGAUGAAAACUGUCACAAUUUUAUAAACAUAAUUCUGAGCAACGAUAGAGAAUUACUAAUUUGUGGCACUAAUUCAUUUUCACCCCAGUGUUCGUGGAGAGAGAUCGACAACAUAACUAGUGUUAUCAAAAUAGUGGAUGGUGUAGCCCAGAGUCCAUUUAACCCCAAUGCAAAUAUUACAGCCCUUUUAUCAGAAAAUGGAUACUACUACUUCGGAGGACCAGCAGACGCUUUCGGAUCUCAGUCCCUCAUAUCAAAAAGUUCCGAAAACAACGUGGUACUGAGAACUAAACCUUACAAUAAUUUCUGGCUCAAUGAGCCGCAGUUUGUGGGUUCUUUUGAGAGUGAUCGGUUUGUUUAUUUUUUAUUUAGAGAAUCAGCAGUGGAAUAUAUGAACUGUGGGAAAGUUAUCUAUUCGAGAAUAGCGAGGAUAUGUAAAAACGAUAAUGGCGGUGGGCAAAUGUUCAAAGAUAACUGGACUACGUACAUCAAAGCUAGAUUAAACUGCUCUAUAAGUGGUGAUUACCCUUUUUAUUUCCAUGAAAUCCAGGGUAUGUUUUAUGUCCCCAGUGAGAAUGUCGUAUAUGCUAGUUUUAGUACCUCUUCGAAUAGUAUAGCAGGAUCAGCAGUGUGUGCAUUCAAUAUCACCUCUAUAAACAAAGCAUUUGAGGGACCUUUUAAAUAUCAGCAGGAUAUAGACAGUGGCUGGAACAAACACAUGAAUCUGUAUAGGAAUCAUUUCAAUUGUGAGUCGUCUCAGAAAAAUAUCAAUUUAUUAGAUAUAUCUAAAUAUCAACUGAUGGAUUCAGCUGUUCAGGCUACAACAUUUGAUCCUUUAUAUUCAACAACAGGAGAACGUUUUACCCAUAUCACAGUAGAUGUAGUGGACACAAAACUGGUCACUGUACAUGUUAUUUAUUUAGUAACACAACAAGGUUAUAUUAAGAAGCUCAGUUUACUACCACGUCAUAAAACAGCAUGUGUGGUUGAAAUUUGGCAAGCAGUUCCAGAUGCAAACAUUCCUAUAACUAGUAUGCAAUUCCUAAAAAAGACCAAUUCAGUGUAUAUAACAAGUCCUUUAGGUUUAUCACAAAUUUCUGUGGGUCAUUGUAGACGACACUCUUCUUUGGAAGGUUGUAAAAACGCCAUGGACCCUUAUUGUGGAUGGAAUGAAAUGGAAGAGACUUGUGCCUUAGUUCCUGAAGAUAGUUUUCGUAGCCAGUUUGGAAAACCGGAGAUAACCUCUUGUCCAGUUUUGAAUACUCCCGUAAAUGGGGGUUGGAGUGCUUGGUCCAAUUGGGCUCCCUGUUUUCAUAAAAGUUUAUCAGAUUAUAAUUCCUCUGAUCAUUGCUUGUGUCAAACUCGUCAGUGCAAUAAUCCUGUUCCUGUAAAUAAGGGAAAACCCUGUGUAGGUCCAUCAAUAUCCGUAACAAAUUGUACUGUUCAUGGAGGAUGGUCUGAUUGGUCAGCAUGGUCAGCGUGUUCUGCAACUUGUGGUACUGCAGUUAAAAGCAGGACCCGAACAUGUACUAAUCCUGCGCCAGCUUUCGGGGGAAGAGUGUGUGUGGGGCAGGAUAGAAGUGAAGCACUUUGUACAGAAUAUGCACCAUGUCCUUCUCAACCAGUUGAUGGUGGUUGGGGUCCUUGGUCUCCAUGGACUUCUUGCACAGCUUCUUGCGCUGGAGGUUACCAGUUGAGACAACGAAAAUGUGAUAAUCCCAUUCCUCACAACGGAGGACAGCACUGUAAAGGAAAUGAUAUCGAAUAUGAAAGAUGUAAUGACGUUUCUUGUAAUGAAAUCAAAAAGUUCUACUCCACGGAUUGGAUUAAUACUAAUGGCACAUCUUAUCACAAAAAACGGUAUAAAAUUAUUUGUAAAGCACCAGUUAAAUCACCAGGUCAGAUAAAAAUAUCAGUUAAAGAAGAAGAUAAAUAUUGCUCAAAUUCACAAUGUACCAAUGACGAUUACGAAAGUAGCUGGAACCAGUGGACCAAUUGGUCAGAUUGUUCAGUGAGUUGUGGGGGAGGUACACAGAAACGUGUUAGAACAUGCAAGAAAACGAGAAAUUGCGUAGGCGAAUCAACGCAAACGAAAGAGUGCAAUACUCACAGCUGUGAAGAUUCGUGGGGUUGUUGGUCCGAAUGGUCUCCCUGCAACGUUUCUUGUGGAUGGGGAGUUAAGAUCCGCACCAGAUCUUGCUUAGGAAAAACUUGCAAUGAUGUAGUGAGGGAAGAACAGCCGUGCGAAGAUCAACCAUGUGAAGCCAUUUUGGGAUGGGGAAAUUGGACGGAAUGGUCGCUCUGUGAUAGUAACAACGAACAACAUAGGAAAAGAAAAUGUUUUCACGAAAAUCCAGGCCCAUUGGAAUGCCAAGGAAAAGACUUUGAAACUAGAAUUUGUUUUGGAGAACUACCAAACGCAAUAUCAUCCAUUCAAAACACCUUGCUGGAACAGGAAUCUUGUUUCUCUGUAGGACUUUCGUUUUUCUUUGUAGGUGUCAUAGUAGGUCUCUUGCCAUAUCUUGCAUACCUCAUCUACAAUCACAUCUCCAAGAAAAAAAAUAUCAUACCUAGUUCGCCUCAUUAUAUUUCAGCUCAACAGAAUUCGUAUAUUCUAGUCCCUACGAAGAAAAAACUGCCUAAGAAGCGCAGCUUCUCCUUGCAUCACAACAAUAGCGGAACUGGAGUAAAAGGUGAGAAGUUUUUCCCUCCAGACUUUGAUGAAAUACCUACAACGUUGAAGAGAAGUAGUCACGAAGACAAAAAUGUUUUUAAUAAUGAGGCUGAAAGUGACAGGUGGUCAUAGGUGUCAUCAGAAUAUGCGAGGUUUGUUAAAAACGUGACUUCAAAUUUCGUGGGCCACCUACGUCGAUUUUAUUUUCGAUAGUUUGUUUUUGACAUAUUAAAGGUUAGAUAUGUUUUGGUGUGGUCGAUCCAAAAUACACUCACCGGCAGAGAAAACGGGCACCCCAAAAAAUGGGUCAUUUUUAAUGUCUUGUAUUUCCUAAACCUGAUGUCCGAUUUAAGUAAUUUUUUUAAUAUGUUAUAGCCUUAUUCUUUAUCAAUAUCGCUGUAAUAAUAUUGUUGCUAGACAGGUACAUUGUCAUUGUAUACAGGGUGUACGAAUCAAACUGUGUUUUUUUCUCAAACUUUGGAACACCCUGUGGAAUGUUCUAGCUUUUAUAAAAUACUAAAAUUAAAACCCAACUAUAGCCACAGAUUUUCUUAACAUUCUGUUUUUUUAUUCAUUCGCUUAUGUUGGAUAAUAAAAAAGUUAGGCACUUUAACAACUACCCCUGUUUUUCGUCAAUACAGGGUGUUUUUCAAUAAGUAGUUUUUGAUACCAAAUUUGAUUUGCAUAUCACAAACCGUUUUAGAGAAAUAAAUAAAUCGUCAGUUUGUAAGAACAAUUUCAACACCCCCUAUCUCGGAAACGAAGCAUUUGCGGGCAUACAUUUAUAAAGCAAACUGUCAUUAUUUUAUCAUGCAGAAUUACCCCUUAAAGUUUGCCGUACUUAUUUAAAAACACCCUGUAUUAACGAAAAACAGGGGUAGUUGUUAAAGUGCUUAACUUUUUUAUUAUCCAACAUAAGCGAAUGAAUCAAAAAACAGAAUGUUAAGAAAACCUGAGGCUACAGUUUGGUUAUAAUUUCAGUAUUUUAUAAAAGCUAGAACAUUCCACAGGGUGUUCCAAAAUUUGAGAAAAAAACACAGUUUGAUUCGUACACCCUGUAUACAAUGACAAUGUACCUGUCUAGCAACAAUAUUAUUACAGCGAUAUUGAUAAAGAAUAAGGCUAUAACAUGUUAAAAAAAUUACUUAAAUCGGACAUCAGGUUUAGGAAAUACAAGACAUUAAAAAUGACCCAUUUUUUGGGGUGCCCGUUUUCUCUGCCGGUGAGUGUAUAUAUCCAAAAUCAAAAGAAUCUUUAUUAAAUUUUAUAUAUUUUUUGUGGCUAUUCCAGAGUCCAGAGACCUUAGGGAAUGCCAAAAGCAACGUUUGCGAUUGCAAAAAGUCUGGAUCCGAACGCAUAUUUACAAAUGCUCAUAUACUACGGCACCAGAGUGCUGAAAUCAGCCUUUGAUAUACACUAUUACACUACAAACCCUCAUUGAUUUAGGCACCUAUUAAAUUACAAGACAUCUAUUAAAUUAUGAUGCCUAAGUUUUUAUUGCAAUUCAUAUUAUUGUAAGUAUUGUAUAUUUCAAUUUAUUGUAUUCAAAUAGAAAUGUCGAAACUGCAAUAAUAGUCCAGGGUAAUAAGGUUUUUCCCAUGACACUUGAGCAGCCAGGGUACUGAAGCGUUUUUUCGACAGGUAAUACCUAUAAGAGCAAAUUGUAACUAUUUCCUGCGUAGGAUCUGGCGGCCAUUUUUAUUUAUAAACAAUUAAGUGUCAAAAAAUGGCAUUUUUCCCUUUUUUUUCAAAUCAAUGGAAAACGGUGAAACCUAUGGUUUUUUUAGUACAAAUAUCUUUGAGAUUAUGAAAAAAGCUUUAAAAUGACGUAUUACAAAGUUUGAUAUACUCAUUUAUUGUUAAUAUAAUUGCGAAAAAAGGUCGGAAUUGCAAAAAAAAAUAAUUUCCCAAUAUCUAUUGUAAAAAUUAGUAUACAGCUUUGAAAUUUUUGUCAUAUAAGGGCUCUUUGGUGGUUAAUAUGUGAUAAAAAUUUCAAAGCGAUUCAUUCAAUUGUUUAAAUUUUAUUCAAAUUGUUUAUCCCAGAGAGCAGUUUUUUUGCAAUGACAUAAGUCAGAAAAACAUGACGUUAGAACCAUUUCACAGGUGUCAAAUGAAAGAGCAUGAGCUAUAUUUUUAACUUGGUUUAAAAAAAGCGAAUAAAAAAUGCAUUUAUUAGUAAUAAAUAAUUAUGCAAAAGUACCUUUUCUUAUAAACUUUUUAUUUUGUUAUAUAAGAAAUUAUAUAUAUUUAUUACAAUUUUUUAUCAAUUAUGAUAUAAAUAACAUUAUUUGGUAGUUGUGCACUUAAAAUAGGGUAAAAAAGUUAAUUUUUUUGGAAACAGUUAUCCAAAAAGUUUAUAAGGAAAGAUUUACGAUACUUUUGCAUAAUUAUUUAUUACUAAUAAAUGCAUUUUUUAUUCGCUUUUUUUAAACUAAGUUGAAAAUAUAGAUAGAUCAUGCUCUUUCAUUUGACACCUGUGGAAUGGUUCUAACGUCAUGUUUUUCUGACUUUCGUCAUUGCAAAAAAAUGCUCUCUGGGAUAAACAAUUUGAAUAAAAUUUAAACAAUUGUAUGAAUCGCUUUGAAAUUUUUAUCACAUAUUAAGCACCAAAGAACCCUCAUUUGACAAAAAUUUCAAACUUGUAUACUAAUUUUUACAACAUUUAUUGCGAAAAUAUUUUUUUUGCAAUUCCGACCUUUUUUCGCAAUUAUAUUAACAAUAAAUGAGUAUAUCAAACUUUGUAAUAUGUCAUUUUAAAGCUUUUUCCAUAAUCUCAAAGAUAUUUGUACUAAAAAAAUCAUAAGUUUCACUGUUUUCCAUUGAUUUGAAAAAAAAAGGGAAAAAUGCCAUUUUUUGACAGUUAAUUGUUUAUAAAUAAAAAUGGCCGCCAGAUCCUACGCAGGAAAUAGUUACAGUUUGUUCCAAUAGGUAUUACUUGUCGAAAAAACGCUUCAGUACCCUGGCUGCUGAAGUGUCACGAACAGGGUAUAUUUUUGUCUUAUUACCCUGGCCUAUAAACCUAGCAUAGGUACUUAAGAAUGUGUUUUUUGACCCUAACCCGAGAAACAAAUAAAACAAAAAUUAAAACAAAAACGCCAAUGAAUAAAAAACAAAUAAAUAUUUUAUUUUUAUUUAUUUAUAAGUACAGAUAUAAUUACUCGUAUACAGUGCGCCCAUAAAGUAACGUAUAAAUUCAUUAUUAACUAAAUAAACAACAUUAUUAGAAAUUGCCGAAGCAGGUCUAUUUUUGAUUUUAUGAUUUUUUGGCAUAUAUAUCGGACUAGUGACGUCAUCCGUCUGGACGUAAUCGAUGAUUUUUUCAAUAAGAAUAGGGAUCGUGUCAUAGCUCAUUUGAAAGGCAAUUCAAUUCUCUAUUCAGUAAUAUAAACAUUAACAUAAUUAUUUAUACAGGGUAUCCAAAAACAAUUUUUUAAUUAAAUUGAUUGACACAAAAAGAAGACUUUGCGUAGUUUAUUUAAUUCAAAAUACAUUUCACUGCUGUCAGAAAACAGAAAUAAAAUAUAAACAUUACUUUUUGCUUAAAUUUAUUGUUUAAGCUGCCACCCACCUGCCUAUUGACAGUUUGAACAUUUAAUUUUUUUUUUUAUCAACUCCCAGUAUAUUUACAAUCUGUCACAUAUAUAAUAUUGAAGGACAAUAAGUAAAUGGUCGGAUAUUUACAUUGGACAUGUAGGAAAUAUUUCCAGUGAAUUAUUUCCUUUACAUAAUUAACCUAUUUACUUAAAACCGUUAUUUGUUUGUUAUUCUGAGUACACUUAGUUAAACCUGCGUAUCAGGUCCGUUGGUUUAAAUUUUUUUAAGCGGCGCACCUCACCUACGGUGUUAAAUAGAUCACUCGCGAGGGGGUUCACAUGCGUAUUCGCUAUAUCCCGAUAUUUUUCACUAUGUCGUUUUAUUUCACUUUUGAUGGUGGGGAUUUCUAAGUUUCUUUCUAUUGCUGCAUUUGGCACGUACCAGGGGGCAUUGACUAUUAUUCUUAAAACCUUAUUUUGGAACCUUUGAAGUAUUUCUAAGUUUGAAUUUGACGCUGUGCCCCAUAGCUGGAUUCCAUAUGUCCAGAUUGGUUUUAGAAUUGAUUUAUAUACAAGUAUUUUGUUUUGAAUGGUCAGUUUUGAUUUCCUGCCGAUAAUCUAGUAUAGUUGCAGCAGUCUAAGUCCUAGUUGUUUUCGCUUGUUGAAUAUAUGUGUCCGCCAUGUGAGGCGUUUGUCUAGGUGCAUGCCUAAGUAUUUCCCACUAUCAGCUUGUGCUAAUUGGCUGUUAUUUAGUUUCACUGGUGGACACUGAUCUCUUUUCAUCGUGAAAGUAACGUGUAUUGAUUUGGAUUCAUUCGCUUUUAUUUUCCAUUUUUUUAGCCAUACUCCUAUUUUGUUCAAGUUUGUUUGUAGGUUUCUUGUAGCUCCUGCAGGAUUGUGAUGGGAGGCAGUAUUGCUGUAUCAUCAGCAAAGAACAUUUAAUUUAAGCGAAAAGCAAUGUUUAUUUGCCAAAUAAUAAUUUUAUUUAAAUUACGCACAUUCGUCUUUUUGUGUCAUUUCAUUUAAUAUAAAAAAAGAAUUUGGACACCCUGUAUUAAUAAUUAUGUUAAUGUUUAUAUUAUUGAAUAGAGAAUUGAAUUGCCUUUCAAAUGAGCUAGCACACGACUCCUAUUCUCCUUUAAAAAAUCAUCGAUUACGUUAUCACGUCCAGACGGAUGACGUCACUAGUAUGAUAUAAAUAUAUGCCAAAUAUCAUAAAUUAAAAUCAAAAGUUGACCUGUUUCGGUAAUUUCUAAUUAUGUUGUUUAUUUAGCUAAUAAUGAAUUUAUGCGAUACUUUAUGGACGCACUGUAUACGAGUAAUUAUAUCUGUACCUAUAAAUAAAUAGAAAUAAAAAAUAUUUAUUUCUUUUUUAUUCAAUGGCGUUUUUUAUAAUUUUUAUUUUAUUUGUUUCUUGGGUUAGGGUCAAAAAACACAUUCUUAAAUAUGCUAGGUUUUCAAUGCAGUUUAGACAUUUCUAUUAAAAAUUUCGACAUUUCUAUAAAAAAAAGUAAAGCAACACAAUGUACCUAUGUACCUAUCUAUAAAAAUAAUAUUGUAGUACUUAUGUUAUGAAAUAAGAAAUUUAUGACUAUAAAUCUGCAAUCAAUCACAAACAAGUCUGGCUAAUUGGCUCUGCCAAAGACAUUUUUCAGAAAAGAAAAGACAUUUCUAUUCCUGUUUUUCAAGCAAUAAAUUGAAAUAUAAAUAUACAAUACUUACAAUAAUAUUAAUUGCAAUAAAAACUUAGACACCAAAAUUUAAUAGAUGUCUUAUAAUUUAAUAGGUGCCGAAAUCAAUGAGAGUUUGUAGCGUAAUAGUGUAUUAUGUGUAGUUAUCAAAGGCUAACCGAUUUCAGCACUCUGGUGCCGUAGCCGUAGUAGAGGAGCAUUUGUAAAUAUGCGUCCGGACACAACAUAUUGGACUAACUUGCGCUACUAGGGCUGAAGUAUUGCAGGAAGCAAACUGGAAUGAGCUCAGAAUAAUAGACUACAUUACUGGACAUCUGCAUACAGCAUACAGUGGAGCUGUUUGCUGUAGGAAACUUGAAACAGUCAAACAUAUGUUGCACGACUGUGAAGUACAACAUCAAUGAUUUACAUAACGUAAUGCAAGGCCUUAAUGAAUGCUGUCAUCAAUACGGACUGAAGAUGAAUAAAGAAAACUAAAUGCAUGAUCAUGACUAAAUCAGCAGAUGCAAACAUCCAAUUUAUGAUUGAAGAUAUUGUUAUUGAGAGUGUGGAUAUCUACAAAUACUUAGGAACAUGGAUAACAUCAAAUGUAGAUCAAACCAAAGAAAUUAGGACACGUAUUGAAAUAGCACGUGCAUCAUUCAUUAAACGUAAGAAGUUUCUUUGUUGUCGGGAUAUAAGGAUAGAAAUACGCCUAAGGAUUCUUCGGUGUUACGUGUUCUCUACUCUUCUUUAUGAAUUAGUUGGCCGCCUUUGAAUUCUGACCAAAGAAUGUCAAACUUGGAAGUAACUAGAAGGAUAGGAAGUCAAGCGGAAAUAAUAUUAACUAUCAAAAGACGAAAACUUGAGUAGUUACUUAGGACAUGUGGUGAGAGGACAAAAAUACAAGGCAAAAUUCGAGGAAAGCGAAGUGUGGGAAGACGAAGAACAUCCUGGCUUAAGAACUUGAUGGAAUGGUUUGAAUGCAGUAGUACAGAACUGUUUAGAUAGUCCGCAUAACCAUGAUGAUUUCCAACCUUCGAUAGAAGAUGGAACUUGAAGAAGAAGUACUACAUCACAGGCGAAAUUAAAAUGUUAAGUGUGGGAUUUGAUAAAUCUAUUGAAUUGCUGAGGAUGUCGGCAUUGACAAAACUUAAAAAAUCCUGAAACGGUGGAGAUUGAGGGAUGAGAAAGGUCAUACAAAAAAUUGCAUUUUAGAAAUGCUUCAAGAUUGGACAAAUCGGGUUGAACAAGAGAAAAAAAAAUGAAGUCACUUAUUUUUAACAAAUCUCGUAUAGAAAUACCAACUACAAAAGUACAGGAUGUAUGUUCUGGGAAAAAUUUUUGUCUGAAGUUUCUGAAAGUCUAAUUUUGGCAGCUGAUUAAUUACCAUAAAGUCAUAACUAAAUAAAUCAUAUGUUGUUCUGUUAAUACAUAUUAUUUAGUAUUUUGGCAGCAUCUUACUAUUUCAUUACAUAUUCUAUUGUUCAUUAGAGUCAAAAAAUGUAGUACAAACUUACAACUUCCAAGAAUACAGUCGAAUAUAUUAGAUACGGAUAGGGUGUCCAGAAACUCUACCGAUAAACGAAGACAGGAGAUUCCUUAGAUAAUUUUAAGACAAUUUAACCCAAUUCAUCUACUCCGAAAAUGCUUCCCAAUAGAGCUAGAGCUAUUUGAAGAUGGCGUCUGGUAAUUAGUUUUUCUUAAAUAUCUCCAGAACACUUCUAUUUAGAAAAACGAAAGUUGGCAAACAUUUUUAUCUUCCAGAGAUAAAUCGACUCCAUUCAUUGCAAAUUUCUAUUACCGGUGAUAGGCGUCCGUUUUGCGUAGGGCAACAGUUAUUUUAUCGCAUAACUUUUUUAUCUUUAGUUUUUAAGCAUUUUUGACUCGGGAUUACUAAAUUGUGGGGUAUUCUAAAGCUAAAAGGUACUCUUAUUGUAAGUCGAUAGGAUACACCGUUUUCUAGAAAAAUCGAUUUGAAAAUUUUUCGUUUUUUGAUAAAAAAAAAAUUAAAAAAAAACUAUUUAGAAAAACGAAAACUGGUACGUUUAUUUACAUUCCAAAGAUGAAUUGAUUUCAUCAAUUGCGAAUUUCUAGUACCGGUCAUAUGCGUCCGUUUUGGGUAGAUCAACGGUUAUUUUAUCGCAUAACUUUUUUGUCUUUCAUUUUUAAGAAUUUUUGACACUAAAUUAUUAAAUUAUAAGGUAUUCUAGUACUAAAAGUUACUCUUGCUUUAAGUUGGUGAAAUACACCGUUUUUUUUUAAAUUCUUUUCAAUUUUUUUUUUCAAAUUCAGGAAACGAAAAAUUUUCAAAUCGAUUUUUCUAGAAAACAGUGUAUCCUACCGACUUAAAACAAGAGUAUGUUUUAGUACUAGAAUACCUCACAAUGUAAUAAUCCAGUAUCAAAAAUACUUAAAAGUUAAAGACAAAAAAGUUAUGCGACAAAAAAAACCGUUACCCCACCCAAAACGGACGCUUAUGAUUGGUACUAGAAAUAUAUGAAAACGAAAAAUUUUCAAAUCGAUUUUUCUAGAAAACAGUGUAUCCUACCGACUUAAAACAAGAGUAUGUUUUAGUACUAGAAUACCUCACAAUGUAAUAAUCCAGUAUCAAAAAUACUUAAAAGUUAAAGACAAAAAAGUUAUGCGAUAAAAUAACCGUUACUCCACCCAAAACGGACGCUUAUGAUUGGUACUAGAAAUUCGCAAUGGAUGGAAUCGAUUUAUCUCUGGAAGAUAAAUAUGUGUACCAAUUUUCGUUUUUAUAACUAGAAGCGUCCUGGAGAUAUUUAAGAAAAACUAAUUAAAAGACGCCAUCUUCAAAGAGCUCUAGCUCCCUUAGGAAGCAUUUUCGGACUAAGUGAAUUUCCUGUAUUCGGACACCCUGUAUUCCUGUAUCAUAAGAUUACAGCUAUAUUUUUCCUAGAAUAUAUGUUCAGUACAUAUACCGCAAUUGUUUUGGUGCAAAACGUCUUGCUAACAUAAGACUAUUCAUUGUAUUUUGAUUUCUUCAAAGGUGUAGCUAUUUUUUUAUUAAUUGCAAGAAAAUUGUUGAAAUUGGAAUACUGAAAUAUAUCCUUGUUUUAACAUUUUAAAUUUAACUCUUAAUCGGAAAUCUCCAUUAACCAUCUAUACCAAAAAUACUUUGAAUGAAUAUGCCAAGAUUCCAUCAAAUUAGAGAUAUUGGUGCUUUAUCAUCAUAUUCUGAUGUAUUGAUGUCUAUAAGGUUAUUUUUGUUCCGAAAAAUGAAGAUAGAUUGUUUUAAAAUGUUCGAAAGAGGAAAACGCUUAUCAUACUCUUUCCUCUAUGCAACAUUGGCGGAUCUACGGGCAGGAAAAUGGGGAGAUGUCCCUCCUAACAAAAUUCAAGAAAAAAAAAUUGUUGAAACAAAAAUAUAUUAGCUGACAUGAAACUUAGACCACAGACAGACAAAUUCAACCCAAUACACACGCUAGUUAGGAAAACUAAGUACCCUUUCAGACUAAGACACUCUGACACCGGUGUCCGCCACGUGUCUGGUUGAUUUUAGUCGCUCAACAAUGCAUUGCUACUUUGCUGCAAUUGAACACCAGUGUCUUAGUCAAGAUAUAUAUGCGUGUGUUAUUGACUAUAAUAAAGCAUUCGACAAAGUACCACAUGAACAAUUAAUGCAUGUCCUGGAAUCAAAGAAGCUGGACUACAAUGACCUCAGGAUUAUAUCGAAUUUAUACUAUAAGCAACGAGCAAAAGUACGUGUUAACGACCAAGCUGUCAGAGGAAAUUGAAAUCAGACGUGGAGUGAGACAGGGAUGCGUGUUAUCGCCAAUUCUUUUUAAUGCCUACUCGGAAGAGAUCUUGAAAAAAGCUCUUGAGGGUGAAACAGCUAGAAUAAAGGUAAAUGGAGUUCCCAUUAACAACAGAUAUGCGGAUGACACUGUCAUCUUAGCUGAAAAUAUUGGAGAUCUUCAGAGGCUGGUGACCAGAAUAGCAGAGUUUGGACAAGAAUACGGGCUAACAAUGAAUGUCAAGAAGACAAAGUUUAUGAGAAUAUCUAAAACUCAAAGAGAUAACGAAAAUCUCUUCAUAAACGGAUCCAAUAUCGAACGAGUCGACCAAUAUGCAUACCUUGGAACAAUGAUCAACUCUACAGAAAAUUACUUACAGGAAAGCAAAAUCAGAAUAGAAAAGGCUAGAGCAAACUUUAACAAAAUGAGAAAAGUGCUCUGCACAAGAGAUUUGAAGUUGGAGGUAAGAGCUAGGUUGGCUAGGUGCUACGUUUUCUCAACUUUGUUUUAUGGAAUGGAAGCUUGGACCUUGAAUGCUGCAUCAAUGAAAAAACUAGAAUCAUUCGAGCUGUGGGUGUACAGAAGAAUUCUGAAAAUAUCGUGGACAGAACACGUCACAAACAAAGAGGUUCUGAGAAAGAUGAAUAAAGAAAUGGAAAUCCUAAAUACCAUCAAAACAAGAAAAUUGGAAUAUCUCGGACAUAUUACACGUAGAGAGAGAUACAGCUUGCUCCAAUAAUUGAUUAUGCAGGGAAAGAUUCGAAGCAUAGGGAGACGCAGAAUAUCGUGGCUGCGCAACCUGAGAGAGUGGUACGGAUGUACAUCAAAUGAACUUUUCAGAGUAGCCGUCUCUAAAAUACGAAUAGCUAUGAUGAUUGCCGACCUCCGCCGCGGAGAUGGCACUUAAAGAAGAAGAAUUUAUUUAUAUCUUUAAUGCAGUUUGGGUUUAUUUUUUUUUUGUUUUUUGGUGGGUGUUUCAUUGGAAUUCCCCCCCCCCCCCCCCACCAAGGUAAAUUUCCUUCCCAAGGCAAAUGUCUAAAUCCGCCACUGCUACGCAAGCCGUCCGUUUUACAUAAUACUGCAGCCAAUUGACAGCCUGAUUUGAGUCAUUGCUACAUCUACAACAGUGUCUAAGAGUACAAUAUAAAGUAGCUCUAAGAAAAAACAAGA